AUGGACCCUGAAAUGGAAGAUCACUACAAAGAGCUUCUAAAGCAAUGGAAGAUGGACGAAGACAACAUAAAAGACAAGCUGGAUAAUAUUGAGGCCAAAAUAGACAAACUUGACGCAAAAAUUGACAAGCAAUUGGGUUCGACGUCCGGUAAGUGGAAUACAGAGCCCUUAAAUUCUCUUUCAGUAGGACUUACAUAUAACGAAGAUCCAAGGGACUGACAAACUAUUUUCACUGUAACGAGGCUUCUUUAUAGCGAGGUUAAUUCGACAAAUAUUUUUAUGAGGGGGGCAAAAACUAUCGCUCGUUAUUCCGACUUCGUUAUAUACGGUUUCGUUACAUGUACUUUCCGAGUACUUUUAAUUUACUGUAGGUAUACGUAUCCUGCAAUUACGUUUUAUUUGCGUAUCAAAUACAUCUUGUCCAUUUUAUGAUGACUCAAAGUCAACACCUAGGGAAGGUGUACGUUUAAAUCUCCCAUGAACGGACACUUUUGGGGAAAGAACGAAUCCGCUAGAGGGAGAUGAUUAACAGUACAUAGAAUUUUUGCUGGCUAGUUUUUUCUUUUAAGUUUUCCUUUUACAUUUCUUUUAAAAAAAUUAAAAAUGCCAUAGUAACUAUGCUAGAUUUCCCUGUAACCCAGUUCUAGCUGCAAAAUAAUAUGUUGCGCGAUCAAUGCCCCGGAGUUUACUAUGCUUAAUAAGCCAAACAUUCAAAUUAUGCCAGCAGUACCCUCUUCCAAAAAAAUAUAAUAAUUAAUCAUAAGUAAUGAUUAAUUAUGUAAAAAAAAUAACUGCAAGUACAAUCUGUCGAAGCCUAGUAAUGGGAAAAGGCCGUUAACAGAGGUUCGACUGUAACUAAAAAUACAUAGCCUAUUGACGGUCUUUGUCCUUCGAAUGAGGCUGUUUUGCUUACUCGCAAGUUUUAAUUUCCUUAACUCUGUUGUUUCUUUCGUUCGAAGAGGAAAGGAACAAGAGCACACCCAGAAGUGAGUUACCAGAAAAAGAGCUAAAUAUUUACGGUCGCACGAGGGAGAUUGAAAGCGUUGUUCAAGCCCUUUAUGGAGAAAACGUGACAGGCGUGGUUGUCAGUGGAACGGCUGGAGUAGGAAAGUCCACGGUAGCCAUUCAAGCUGGGUAUCGGCUGAAAAACGAGUUUGGAGCCAUUGUGAAAUUUUGCUCUUUGAGAGGCGCAGGGAGUGGCGAACAUGACGGCGUUGUAAGAGAAAUUCUGAAUGUGUGUGCUCCAGGCCAUCAACAAGGUAGCGAUUAUCCAAAGCACGUUUUGCUGAACUGGUGCAGGCAGCUAGAAAAUGAAAUGGUACUUAUCGUUGAUAACGUGGAAGAUGCUAUACUGGGUCGUGAUAAGUACUCUUUUUUUAAUUUGUUGGGCGAGAUGAGGAUGCGUUCAGACUGUAAAAUAAGGUUCUUGAUAACCUCGAGUUGGGACAUUGAAACUACCGGAACGGUUUCAAACAUCCCACUUCUUAAAAUAAGUCUCGGUCCUCUGGAUGUUAAGGAAAGCGUACAAGUUCUAAAGAAUGCAGCUAAUUUGACGUCCCCUGAAACUGAGCCGAACACUGAAGUCAAAUUGCGCGAAAUAGCUGCACUUUGUGAGAACAUUCCCCUCGCACUACGAUUAGCUGGCCCUCUUCUUGCUGUGGACUCUGAAUACACUUUUGAGGAACUAAAACUUAAGCUUGAAAAGAACCCGACACGUACUCUUGGUCUUAAACCAAUAAUGGAAAUAGCUUUUGAAAAACUAGACGAGUCUUUGCAACGUGCGCUAGUUUCUCUAUCAGUGUUUCCUCAGUCUUUCAAGAGAGACGCAGCAGCAGCAAUACUUGGUGAUAACUGUGCUGAAGCUUUGACAAAUCUGAAGAAAAGGUGUUUGAUCCAGAAACAGGGUGACCGAUACCUCAUUCACUUGUUGAUUAGAAGCUAUGCUAAGCAGAUCGGACAAAGAAAAGAUUUCGGCCAAAUUCUUGCUGAUGGCAAGCAGGGUUAUCUAAAGCACUUUUUGUCACUGAUUUUGAGAAAUGCUCAGGUAUAUUGGGCGAAAGACACAUGUAAGGAAUCUUUAAAGCUGUUCAAUGAAGAAAGGAUGAAUCUUGAGUUCAUUUUAAGAGAAGUAGCAAACGGCCAGAAGAAAUUCCAAAAUUGCAAGGAACUUGAAGAUGUAGUAGACUCCUGUAGUCAGGUAGCACCAUACAUUGAAGAUUGCGUACCUUUUAAACUUUAUGGUGACUUCCUUAAUGGCCUUCUUCAGUGUUCUCGGAGUCAAGAGAAAAUAACGAAACAAGUGGAGAUUUUGUGCCUCCUCUAUGAUGAAUCAAGAAGACACGGCGGAGAGAUGGAGAAAUCAAAAGAUCUCAUCGAUCAAGCCAUCAAACUUCACGAGAGUCAUUUGCCGGUUUUUGAACAGAACAGCUUGUCUGAAGGGUUUUAUUUGAGCCACUAUGGAAGAUAUCUGUCACAGGAAUGUGAAAUGAGAGUUCAAGCACAACCUUUUCUAGAAAAGGCGAUCUCAAUCGUUGAAGAGGAAACAGUUGAGCAAGCAUCUACAUUUGAUAUAGGCAGAGUUCUAGCUCAGAUGGGACACAAUGCAAGGCUUGGUACACUCGACAAUGCGGAUACAAGAUACAAGAAGGCUCUAACUAAUUUUCAAAAAGCCCUGCGCUUUCGUCAGUUAAAUUAUGGUGAGCAUGUUGUGACUGCGCUUGCACACAAAGACGUGGCAGGUAUCUUUUUGUCUAUCGAAGAUUUCGGCAAAGCAGAAGAAAACUACGAAGCAGCUGUUCAAAUUUUUGAAAGCAUGGGAAUGAUGAAACAGAAAGAGGCAAUUCCUACCUAUAAAAACUUUGCAAGGUGUUGUGAAAAGAGUGGUAAGAUUGACGAAGCACGAAGAAAAUUGGAGAUGGCGAUUAAAGUUGCUGAUACCACUAUCGAGGGGAGCCACAAAUGGAAGGUUGAGAUCAACACCAAUUUGGCAUUGAUUUUGUAUAAAAAUUACCCCGAUGAAGUUAGUAAAGCGGAUCAACUUUCAAAAGAGGUUUUUUGCAUGGCCAAAAAGCUUAAAAUUGAGAAAUGGCAUCAGAGCGAGAAACUCAAACCGUUAUACAAAAAGAAAUAG